AUGAAGCUGAUCAGGGAGCACCUGGUGCUAAGGACUCUGCUGAGCACAGCCUUUGUGGGGCUGUUGGUACUUCUGGUGGGUCAGCUUUUAGAUUCCCGGAAACGUUCCAUGGAUGUGAGGUCCUUGGUCCACACAGAGCUGACUGGAGAUACUUUGAGCCUUCCUCUAAGGAAGUUUGAGUGGCAGGCUCAGACACCACAUCCCUUGGACCUGAGGUACCCUUACCCCUACCCCUUCCUGCUCAACCACCCUAACAAAUGUGAGGGUCCCAGAGGUACGCCUUUCCUGCUCAUGCUGGUGAUGACCCAGCCCCAGGAUGUAGGGGUGCGCCAAGCCAUCCGGGAAACGUGGGGCAAUGAGACCUUGGUGCCUGAUGUGAUCAUCCGCCGCCUUUUUGUUCUUGGCCUGCCCCCACCCCUCUUCACCAAGGAACUUCAUACCCUCCUGGAGGAGGAGGACAGGGAACAUGGGGAUCUCCUUCAGGUGGGCUUCCUGGAUACAUACCACAACUUGACUCUCAAGGUCCUCAUGGGACUGGAGUGGAUGGCCCAACACUGUCCUGCUGCCCGCUAUGUGCUCAAGGUGGAUGGUGAUGUCUUCCUAAAUCCCAGAUUUCUGGUGCAGCAGGUGCUUCAGCCCAAUGGACCCACACGGCCCAACUUUAUCACAGGCUACAUCUACAGAAACACGGGCCCUCUUCGGAGCCCAGACUACAAAUGGUACAUGCCCCCAGAGCUGUAUUCCCAGGACAAGUAUCCCCCUUACUGUGGGGGUCCCGGCUAUGUUCUCUCUGGCCCCUUAGCCCUCAGGGUCCUGGCCGUGGCCCAGAGGAUCAGGGUCAUCUACUUGGAGGACGUGUUUGUAGGCUUGUGCAUCCAUCGGCUUGGGGUGAAGCCCACUCCUCCUCCCCCACAAAGCUUUUUGAUGUUUCCAAAAGCUUACGAAUACUGUACUUUCCACCAACUUGCCCUGGUUCACCAAUUCCAGCCCCAGGAACUGCUGCAGAUUUGGCCAGACUUCCAGACAGUCAAUAUAACCUGUCCUGUGGCAUGA